AUGGCUAACUACGGGGGGGAUCUCUAUGCCAUCUUCCAAAAUCCACUACCUCCCACCAACACCGCACCACCUUGUUAUAAUGAGGCCAGUUUUUCUUUUCCCAAUAGACUGCAAGAUCCUACUGGGGUGAUCUCUGUAACCAAUUGCUUGUAUCCUUUACUUCCACCACCUCCCAACACCAACACCAUUCCACAUUCCUUGGCCAGUUUCACUUUCAAUGAAUAUAAUGAGGGAUUUUCUUUUCCCAUCAACACCAACACCACACCACCUUCCUUGGCCAGUCUCAAUAUUGAAGAAUAUAUUGCAGCAUUUUAUUUUCCCAGCAACACCAACACCGCACCAUCUUCCUUGGCCAGUCUCAAUUUCAAUGAAGAUAUUGAUGCAUUUUAUUUUCCCAAUAUGCUGGAACAACCUUUAAUCAUAACCGAUGAGUAUGCUGAUGAGCUAGACCAAAUGCUCGCACACCAUUGUCGCACCACAACCAGUACUACCAAUACUAGAUGUAAUAAUGGUUUCAUACUCAAUCCCAAUUCCCCUCCUGAUCUUGCAGGACAAAGCCACCACCUUCCUCCUAAUCCUGUGCUUCUUGCUCCUCCUUCCAAGGAACCGAGACAACAUGUGCAGAAGCAUCAGAAACAGGUUUAUCAAGUUCAGGCAUCCAGAGCAUUAGCAAAAGAAAGAAAAAGCGAACAAAAGAAAAGGUUGUUCCAUGAAGAUAAUAAACUCUCAUCAGAUUCGUGGGCAUGUCGUAAGUAUGGACAAAAAUCCAUGAAGGGUACUCCAUAUCCAAGAAAAAGCCAACAGGUGAAAACAGUGUUUCAUGUCACAGAAGAUAAAUUGUCUUCUUUAGAUUCAUGGGCAUGGCGUAAAUACGGAAAAAAAUCCAUCAAGGGUACCCCAUAUCCAAGGAACUAUUUUAAGUGUACCAGCUCCAAAAAUUGCCCCGCUCUAAAAAGAGUUGAACAGAGUAACAUUAAAUCACACAUGUUCAUCGUCACUUACAAAGGAGAACACUCCCAUCUCAAGCCCACUGAGAAUGCCAAGAAACCCGCUGGGAUUGGGGUUGCUAUUGGGCGAGGAUUGGGGUUAUGGGGAAUGAGGGUGGGGGUUGCAGUGCACGUUGGGGUUGGGUGGUAG